AUGAACCUGGAAGAGAAAGUCACCAUGGACUUGGUUCAGCCACCUGAACACUUCUGCUAUAUCCGUUGCAGCUUCUGCAGCACUGUGCUUGCGGUUGGGAUCCCAUGCAAGAGGCUGCUGGACACAGUGACAGUGAAGUGUGGGCAUUGCAGCAGCCUGUCCUUCCUCAGCACCAGUCCUCCUCCGUCGCAUCACAAUCAUACCGAAACCCAUCAUCGUGAUAAUGAUAAUAACAAUAUUGGUCACACACUCACUCUCCAGGGGUUUUAUAGUGAUUACAAGAAGGGACUUGCAUCAUCCUCGUCCUCCUCGUCUUCCUUAACUACGUCGUCCAAUGAUCCUGUGUCCCCCAAGGCAGCACCUUUCGUUGUCAAACCUCCUGAGAAGAAACACAGACUUCCCUCGGCUUACAAUCGCUUUAUGAAAGAGGAGAUACAGCGCAUCAAAGCAGCCAACCCUGAGAUUCCUCAUCGGGAAGCUUUCAGUGCUGCUGCCAAAAAUUGGGCAAGGUACAUUCCAAAUUCGCCAAGCACUUCACUUUCAGGAAGUAAGAACAAGGAAUGA